UUCAAUUUGCUCUUGGAUGCACGACUUCUGAAAUUAUCCGACGAAAUUCCCUGGGACUUUAACUGCGCGAAUCAUUUUGGUGUAAUUGGAUAAGCCGUUGUGACUUUCAGGAUACAUUGAAGGGCGUACCAUCGUCAUUUCUAUUAAUAAGGCUAUUCGUUACAACAUUAUUCGUUAUUUCUAUUGCUUCUCACAGUUGCGUAAAAAUAUAUUGGAGAGGGACAAAUGAAUUCAGUCUACUAUGAAGGGGACCCCCCAACCUCAGGGCUCCCCGAUGACCUGUCACAAGGGAAUGGUCAAGAAGAACUGGACUUUCCCCACCUGUUUCUCUACAACCCGCCAGGAAAUGAUGAUGAUGAACAAGGGGAGGAUCCAAACGGCCAAGAUGCCCAGGACGCUCUCAGCCCAGAGUCCUGCCUGCAGGAGAACCACACUCCCUACAGCCUGGAGUCCCUGUGCGACUCCCCGUACCACCACCCCGGGGGCCCCAGCACCACCGAUGGCCUGCCCAGCCUGGAGGCCGAGCUGGGGGAGUUUCUGGAGCACCCCCUGCGCCCGGGAGGCCCGCGCAUCGAGAUCACCUACUCGGAGCUGCACCCCCACGACCACUCGCACACGGAGCCCCUGGACAUCGGCCCGCGGCCCACGCUCACCGUGCCCGGGUACUACGACAGCGGCAACUACCGCGGCGACACCACGCAGUGCCUGAGCCCGGCCAGCAGCAACUCGUCCACCAGCUGGUCGGAGGCCUGCUCGCCCUGGACGUCUCCGUGCGUGUCCCCGACGGCGUUGCCCGAGCUCUGCCCCCGGCUGCAGGGCCUCCACACGGCCGGCUCGCCGCGCACCUCCCCCACCACCUCCCCGCGCAACAGCAUCACCGAGGAGACCUUCCUGGCCGAGCGCCGCUCCUCCUCGCCGCACCCCGGCUCCCGCUCCGCCUCGCCCAAGGGCAAGCGCACCUACGACCAGUACCAGAACCCCGGCCGGGUCUGCCCGCGCUCCCGCAGCCCCUCGCCGCACCCGGACGACCGCUACGACUCCAGGCCGGCUGGCGGUGGCGGUGGCGGUGGCGGUGCCGUCGCACACAUCGCCGCCGCUGGGGGGGGUCCCGGCGGGUUUGACGAGCUGGAGCUGGUGAGCAGCCUCAGUGGCAGCCUGCCCAAGCCGGUGCCCACGAAGAUGGUGCGCGGGAGCUUCGCGAGCGGCGUGUACCAGGAGGGGCAUCAUCAUCAUCCCGAGGGCGGCCCGCACUACCAGCACGAGAUGAAGCCGGAGCCGGCCGUCGGCCUGGAGACCUACUACGUCAUCUCACCUGGCUGGCCCGCUCAGGUGCCCCACGGUGUGUGCAGUGUCCCGGUGGCCUCGUUGCCCUCUCUGGAGUGGGGACUGCCCAGUAGCGUGGACCAGCUGGAGCUGCUGCUGGAGGUGCAGCCCAAACAGUACCACCGCGCCCACUACGAGACCGAGGGCAGCCGCGGAGCGGUCAAAGCCCCGUCAGGAGGACACCCCGUCGUCCAGCUGCGUGGGUAUUGUGGGCACGAGCCUCUGGCCCUGCAGGUGUACAUUGGCACAGCGGACGAGCGCGUGCUGAAGCCUCACGCCUUCUACCAGGUGCACCGCAUCACAGGCAAGACCGUCACUACGUCCAGUCACGAGAGGAUCAUCAGCGGAACCAAGGUCCUGGAGAUUCCACUGGACCCCAAAGACAACAUGAAAGCAGUCAUCGACUGUGCGGGCAUCCUGAAGUUGCGCAACGCCGACAUCGAGCUGCGGAAGGGCGAGACAGACAUCGGGCGCAAGAACACGCGCGUGCGUCUGGUCUUUAGGGUUCACGUGCCCCAGCCGGGAGGACAGUGGGUCUCCCUACAGGUGGCCUCACAGAUUAUAGAGUGCUCGCAGCGCUCGGCUCACGAGCUGCCGGCCGUGGAGCGUCAGGAUGUUGACCACUGCUCGGUUCUGGGCGGACAGCAGAUGAUCCUGACGGGCCAGAACUUCACCUCGGACUCCAAGGUGGUGUUCAGUGAGAAGACCCACGAUGGGCUUCAGAUCUGGGAGUCCGAGGCCACUGUGGAUAGAGACAAGAGCCAGGCUAGUAUGCUGUUUGUGGAGAUCCCGCCCUAUCGCGACCACGCCAUCUACCGCCCCGCUAAAGUCAACUUCUACGUGCUCAACGGGAGAAGGAAACGCAGCCAGCCCCAGCACUUCACAUACACUCCUCUCACCGUGCCGUUCAUAAAGACGGAGCCGGUGGACGAGUUCCAGUUCGGGCAGCUGGGCUGCGCCGUGUCUCAGAUCCUGGGCAUGUCCCCCUCGUCCCGCCACACUCACCCCCUGACCUCCCAGAUGCCCCUGGAUAGCUGCGCUGUGCCAGUCUUGUCUGCCCAUCACCACAACCACCACCAGCACCACCAGCAGCAGCAGCAGCAGCAGGCUGCCAUACACAGUGCCUAUAGUGAGCGGGAUGCCGAGUACCAGCUUCAGUGCCCGCCGGUCGUGUACCGGCAGGCCAGGAGCCUGGGCAGCAGCCCCGUGCUGUACCAGCCCCUCCUGGAGGCGGGCAGCUACCCGGGCCGGAUGUCGGCUGGCAUGGCCACUCAGCACAGCCACAGCCAGGGCUCGGGCAUCGCCCACCUGGGCAUGGCGGCCGGCUAUGGUGCCAGGGCGUCUAGCGGGUCAGCGCUGGCCGACCACCACCACCACCCCCACCACCGGGUCGUCAUGAGCAACAGCUUCCAGGAGGCCGCCUCGCGCUUCCCCGAUGCCGGCGUCGUGCCCGGGGGUGUCGUGCAAGCGGGCAGCUACGGGCAGAUGGGGGCUGCAGCUCCGGCGUUGCCACGUCAGAGCCAUGGGCAUCAGCACCACCACCAACACCAGCACCACCAGCAGCAGCACCACCACCACCACCAGGGGUUCCAACCAGCCACAGGGCAGCCCAGCGGAGCCAUGCCCAGCGGAGCCAUGCCAGGCCGGGUGACGGUGAAGCAGGAGUACCUGGACCACCUGGAUGAUGGUGGGUGUGUAGCAGGGUGCUUGUGCAGUCAAUGACAUCAUUCGGAAGGACAUGCCAGUCCUCGGGCGCGAGCACACGUAAAGGAGGAACAGUCCCCAGGAUGCACCUCAGAAAAUGUUAAAACAUCUUCUAGCCUCUUUUCACUGUACUUUCUUAUUUUAUAUACUUAAAUCUUUGUCUACCACAUAUCUUAUUAAAGUUAACAUGAAAUUAUGCCUUAAAUUCCAAGUGCAAGGAAGUAAAUAUCAGUUCUCAUAAUUUUUUCAAUUUUUUAUAGUUUGUUUUUGUAUGGAUAAGAUCUCUACAUAGUAGGACAUCUGCAUUCUGUAUUUAACUGUACAUUAAAUAAAUAAUCUGGUGUCUGUAACUUUUCACACAUGUAUUGAUAUUUCCAAAAUUCUUCUUACAGUCUGUCAUAAAUUGAGAGAUUUAAUAAAAUAUCAACCAAAAACAA